AUGGGCUCUUCUGUCAAGGUCGGGAGCUGCCUGGUUGCCGGCUUGCUGCGGGACCAAGUGGCCAUCGUCACUGGCGGGGCCACCGGCAUCGGAAAGGCCAUCGCGAGGGAGCUCCUGCACCUGGGGAGUAAUGUGGUCAUUGCAUCCCGAAAGCUUGAUAGAUUAAAAUCUGCUGCAGAGGAACUAAGGGUUGGCCUGCCUCCCACCAGCCAGGCUCAAGUCACUCCCAUGCAGUGCAAUAUCCGGAAAGAAGAGGAGGUGAAUAAUUUGGUCAUGUCUACCUUGGGUAUUUAUGGUAAGAUUGACCUCUUGGUGAACAAUGGAGGAGGCCAGUUCAUGUCUCCUGCUGAACAUAUCAGUGCUAAGGGGUGGCAUGCUGUGAUCGAAACCAACCUGACGGGCACCUUCUACAUGUGCAAAGCAGUUUAUAACUCCUGGAUGAAAGAGCAUGGAGGAUCUAUUGUUAAUAUUAUCGUGCUUACUAAAAAUGGAUUUCCAGGAGCUGUUCAUAGCGGAGCUGCAAGAGAAGGUGUUUACAACCUCACCAAAACAUUAGCGCUGGAAUGGGCCAGCAGUGGAGUGAGGAUUAACUGUGUUGCCCCUGGAACAAUUUAUUCCCCGACUGCUUAUGACAACUACAGGGCUUUGGGACAAGACUUAUUUGAAGAGUACUUUCACAAAAUCCCAGCUAAACGACUUGGAGUUCCUGAGGAGAUUUCCUCCUUGGUGUGCUUCCUGCUGUCUCCUGCAGCCUCCUUUAUCACUGGGCAGCUGGUAAAUGUGGAUGGGGGUCAGUCUCUGUACACUCACAUGUGGGAGAUACCAGAUCAUGACAACUGGCCUGAGGGAUCAGGGGACCUUUCUGUUGUCAAAAGGAUGAAGGAGUCUGCUAAGCUUAAAGCUAAGCUUUAAGCUGAGGGAACACAGAGCAGUUCUCUGUCCCCACGUGCCUUAACAACUUGAGAAUGCACUUCUGUACUUUUUAAGGGUUUAUAAUUUGUAUGGAAAAAAAUCAUUUCUGCUUUUUUAAUGUUGUUAAUUACAUCUAUGCAAAAACUACUCCUGACA